AUCCGUUUGAAUUUGCAAGCCAUUUGAGGUGUAUGUGGGCUCAAAUGUGCGGUUGAGGUAUUUUUUACGUGUGACGAUUGUGCGCCGCAUCAGAGAUAUUGUGAGGGAAAUUGAUAUUGCGGUCCAUACACUUUGUAGUUAUCCGGAAAUGAAUUGUCCGAUCAAAAUGGAAGUUGGCAUCGAAGACUGUUUACACAUAGAAUUUGAGUACAAUAAAUCCAAAUACCACUUAAAGGAUGUCAUAGUCGGAAAGAUCUACUUCCUGUUGGUACGCGCGUUUAAGAUUAAACACAUGGAAAUAGCGAUUAUAAAACGGGAAACAACUGGAUCUGGUCCGAACACGUUCACGGAAAAUGAAACCAUAGCCAAGUAUGAAAUAAUGGACGGCGCUCCCGUCAAAGGUGAAAGCAUACCGAUCCGAGUGUUUCUGGCCGGUUAUGAUCUCACACCAACGAUGCGUGACAUAAACAAAAGGUUUUCGGUGAGAUAUUUCCUGAAUCUGGUGCUGAUGGACACGGAGGAUCGUUGUUACUUCAAGCAACAGGAGGUAACUUUGUGGCGCGAAGCUGACAAAAGUCGCAAAUCGGCCUUAACAUCGUCAAACAAUCCGCACGUGCCAUCACAUUUAGUUGGUUCGGAUGGUGAAAUCAUGGGUACACAGAAUUCGGCCCAUCAGCCUAAUCAAGAUGAAGAUGUUCCUGCUGGUGACAAUGAUCCGACGAUGGGACUGUUCACUCAGGAAAGCCCACAACAACCACAAAAUCCAAUUUCCAUUUCGGAUUCGAAUAGUAAUAAAGAAAGGAAAAAUUAA